GAAAAUUGAGAUUUUCUUUCUUAUCAAGUCUCAGACCUCAGACUUAUGUACAAACUUUCCAAAGAAACUUUCAUACAUGUGUACGUAUUUUUCUCACCAUUUCUUACCGCAGGUAUCGUAAUCGCUCAGCAGAUGUAUAUUUAAUCUUAGAAUCCACAUAUUUGCCUACUUCUGAUCCCUCUUGCUCAUUUAUCAGAACUUCUUCAUUCCGAAUGCUGCUACUCUACCAUCGUACACUGCUGUAGCCCGCUUCUGCCGAAAGUUCUAUCUCUCAUGAGUGAAAAGCCCACCUGUAAUGACACUGUCUGCAGCCGAUCUGUCUGUUACUGAAGUAGAUAAUUUGUUGUUCACGGGAUGAGAAUCUUUUUUUGAACAAUCUGUAGAUCUGUUGAUGUGGAAAUUAAGUUCAUCUAAUGCAUGACUUUUGAAGCAAACUGCAGAGAUGCCAAAUGAUCAAAAAUGGAAGGCUUUUCUCUCAGGACUAGGAAAAUCUACAUUGCGAGGAGUUAAAAAAUGCCCAAAAUGUGGAACCUACAAUGGAACAAGGGGUGUGAGCUGCAAAAACAAGUCUUGUGAUGUUGUUUUCAAAGAAGCUGGAGAAAAACGGAAGCUUUCUACCGAAGCCUGCAAACUGGUGACUGGCACUUCGACUCAGAUCUUCUCUGUGCGUAUGCGUGACAAAGGACCUGACUACAGAGGUUUUGUGCAACUUCCUGUGAUUCAGUCCUCUUUGGAUUCUGCUCUAGACUCUGAAGAAUUCAUCCAGCAGACAUCAGCCCUGUGCUUUGUUGAUUCAUGUCAGCGCAUUUUUAAUACUAAUAUUUUAAAGUGUCACGAGAAGGAUGUGAACUCUCCACCAACAACCUGCCAGCACAUUCAAGCAGCUUUGCGAUGUUAUUCAGAUGCCACUCCACUACCAUUUGAUAAUGCUGUGUUUCAAUCUUUACAGCUUCCGGCUGAUGUCAAGCAGACCUUGUGGCUGAUGGCAGCUGAAUCACCAGGUCCAAUUGUACAGAGAGUUUCAAGGACGAUGAUGGCUGUGAAAUGUAACGUUAGCUCCAAACAUCCCCUUGGAUUUCUUCAUUUUGCUGUAUUUGUAAAUAGAACUAAAAAUAAGUUAGAAUACAAAUAUUCGUGUGCUUGUAAAUCAUACAUAAAAACUGUGUCUGAUUUGGGUGAAGAAAACUCGAAUUCAAAGCAAUGCAUACAUUACUAUGCAUGUGUUUGUGCGUUUGCAAGUGAUGCAAAACACAAGGAAGAAUUUGCAUUUCUUAUAAAUCCUGAACGUCAGACAUUCUUACCUUUUGAUCUUCCAACACCUGAAUCUCAGCCUACUCAAUCAGUUGAAGUACCUCUUGAACCAGAAUUGACAACUGUCAAUGAUAAGCAAUUAGUAGCCAUUCUCAGUGAUGUCGUUAACAAUCAGUGUCAAAUAGAAGUGGAAGUUUCUGCAGAGGAUGCGGCUUUAUUGAAUGGAUUUGCUCUAACUCAGGAUGGAUCAGUUACGCAUCUACCAACUUUAGAAAUGAUCCAAAGUUUAACAACAGACAACCAAUUUACAAUCUUGCCUCUUAGACAAGACUCAAAAUCUCCUCUUUUCAUAACUAACAUUAAUGAUAAAAAAACAAAUCUAAUGGAAGCACCUAACCCAAAAACCAAUACGAAAGCUACCAAACGUAAACAAGAAGAAAAUUUUGCCCUGAACUUCCAAACAGAAGGUGUUCGGCCUUUAAAAGUUGUAAAUAAAAACCGAGGCUUCCUAAGAAAUGAACCAGAAGUAGAUGAAGAAAACACAACGUUUUCUUUUUAUCAAUGGCUUGCAUCUGUCACAGAAAGAAUAAACCAAGAGAUGCACUAUCAAUUUGAUGGGAAACCGCGCACUUUAACAUUCCAAGUUCCUCAUGCAUUUUUUGAAUGUUUACGAGAAAGAAUUUCGUCUAUCAGUUCCAACCGGAAACGGCUACCCAAUUCCACUGUAGAAAUUAUACGUGACACAGCAGUCCCAUUAGGCACUUUCACAAAAUCUACAUGGAAUAUCAACAAUAUAAUCCAUUUAAAACAAAUCUUUGAUACUCCUCUAAUGUUACUAGAUAUCACAAGAAGUUUCGUCCAAAAUCCAGAUGGUACAUAUGAUUUAUUUGAAAGUAGUAAAAUGAUGGACAAUAUUGUUGUAAAUGAUAAAAAUGUCACCCCAAUUAGACCAUUUGAACUGAAAACGUACAUAAAAAUUGGAAGAACCUCAAAAGAUCAAGUGAAACCAACACCAUUUAUUAUCGACUGGAUUCCAAAUAUGCUACCCGCUUCGAAAAUUGGUGAAAUGAGAUUGACCUUUGAGUAUGGCCAUCAAUCUCCUUUUGGUUUUGGAAAAUUAUCAUAAUGAUAUAAUCAUAAUAAUUCACCUCUUGAUUAGACAUCUCUUGUCUUUGACUUCCUCAUCUUUCUUGUUGGUUUUUGUACUUCAUCUAAAACAAUAUUUUUUUCCAUUUCUCCUUGCCCACACCACUGUGUAUAGAGCGUAUAUAUACGGCGUAAGUCC